UAGGCCCCGCCCACAAUGCACCGCGUCGCGGCCCGCCUGCCCCCGCCCGGGCCUGGCCCCCUGCGCUGCGCUGCGGCCGCCUGGCCCCGGCGGGCCCUGUGCGGGGAGGCCCCGGCGCUGGUGCGGGCCUCGGGCCUGGGCGUGGCGCGGCGGCUGCGGGGCCAGGCGGGGGUGCGGCCCGGCUUCCUCAGCGGCCCCGAGGAGGCGGCGCUGGGCCGCGAGCUGGAGCCGCAGCUGCGCCGCCGCCGCUACCAGUUCGACCAUUGGGACGGGGCCAUUCAUGGUUUCCGGGAAACAGAGAUAGCCCAGUGGAGCGAGGAGAACCGGGAAAUCUUGCAGCGGGUCCGGGGCACGGCCUUCUCGCCAGGAAUGUCUCAGUUCUCGCUAGUCCACGUCCUCGACCUGGAUAAAAGCGGCUACAUCAAACCUCACAUAGACAGUGUUAAGUUUUGCGGCUGCACGAUUGCGGGGCUGUCCUUGCUGUCCUCCAGUGUGAUGCGGCUGGUCAGCGAACAGAACCCAGAGGACUGGAUGGACCUGUUGCUGCCGCGCCGUUCGCUGUACAUCCUCAGAGGCCCAGCUCGCUACGAGUUCACCCACGAGAUCCUCAAAGACGAGGAGUCCUAUUUUGAUGGCCAGAAGAUCCCGCGAGAGAGGAGGAUUUCCAUCAUCUGCAGGAACCUGCCAGUGCCACCAGCCCCAAGCUAGAGCCACGAGUGGAGCUGUGGGAUUGGAAACCAGCCUUCCUCCCCUCUCCGGGCUGAAGCAGAGCUGACUGUUUUCAGUUGAUCUGGUGUACGCUUUCACUCCAUGGAGGUUUGUAGCCAAGGCUAAGCCAGGGGACUUCUCCCCUCAACACACAGCCAUGGAGGAGCCUGCGGAUGUGUGUACCCUCGACAACCACCCAGGUACCUACUGUGUCAUCAGCAGUGCCAUUAACAAUGAUUUAAUGCACCGUAUUGACUACCCACGAGGCAAGGGAAGCUGGCUUGAUUGCAUAGGCCGUGUUAAACCCAACAAGUAAAAUCUAAAAUGGAAAUAUCUCCCUUGUGAUCUUUGUUAUGGGGCAUUUGGUGACUUCAACAACAGCAGGUAAAUAGAAUUCAGACAGAAGUGUGCUGCUUUUGUUGGUUUUUAAAGAGAACCGCUGGCUCUGGUGAAUUUUGGUGAAUUUCCCUCAUUAAAAAUAAUUUAUU